AUGUCGCCUAAUAUUGCAUGGACUAUACUUGUGGGCAUAUUUCCACUAUUCGUGAUCUACCUGUGGAAAAUUGUCACAUACUACAGAACCAAGCAAUAUGCGCACUUACCCCAGCUUCCACCAUCAUUAGUGUGGGGUCAUUUGGCCACCGUCGGUAAAAUCAGGAACAACCACAGACCGAAUGUUCACGUCGAUGAACUCUUCCAAGAUAUGCACGACCAACUCGGCAACCCUCCUCUAUUUAUUGCUGAUUUCCGACCAAUUACCCAUGUUAUGUGUAUUGUUUGCAACCACGAAGUCGCAGAGCAGAUUUCGAAAAGCUCAAAGCUUUUCCAGUACAGUACUCCAAAGUCACCCACCAUCCGGUGGUACCAAGAUUUGUUCGGAGCAAGCUCGAUUCUUGUUGCAGAAAAUGAAGAAUGGAAAGGUCUACGCAAGCGAUUCAAUCCAGGAUUCUCGCACAAGCAUCUCAUGAGUCUGAUGCCCUGUAUUCUCGACAAGACCCAGCUUUUCCUACAACGCCUGGACCAUUACGCCACCACUGGUGAGGAAUUCUCACUUGACGAUCUAUGUACAAACUUGACAUUCGACAUUAUCGGCGCGGUCACCAUGGAUACUAACAUGGAUGCUCAACUCGAAGAAGCAAAACAAGGCGAGCUGGUUCGACUUUACCGUGAACUGGGCUACAGCUAUCGCCGCAAUAAUGGUAGAUGGAAGUUAUUGCUUCCCUUCCAGAGACGUGCUAUGGGACGUCGGCUUGAUAGGCUUCUCAAAGCGAUCAUUACAGAGAAAUUUGAGGAAGGAUCCAAUCCCGACAAGUCAUCUCGCAGUGUACUCGCUCUCAGUCUGGCAGAACAUCCUAAAUUGACGCCAGAGAUUCUGACCCAGACUUGUGAUCAACUUAAGACUUUCUUAUUUGCUGGCCAUGAUACGACCAGUAUCGUGUUGCAAUGGUCAUUUUAUCAACUGAGUCGGACUCCCCGGGUUCUACGCCUCGUUUGUCUCGAAUUGGAUGAAAUAUUUGGAACCGAUAGCUCGCCAUCUGUUGUUCGGGACAAUCUUUUGGAACGUGGGGAGGAGCUACUCCAGAAGCUGACCUACACUUCUGCCGUAAUAAAGGAGAUCCUUCGCUUGUUCCCACCAGCUGCCACGGCACGUUCGUCACCUCCAAACACCGGAAUGACCGUUCAGUUACCAAAUGGCGAAGAACUGUGCCUGGAUGGUACAAUUUUAUAUACCUGUCAUAGUAUCAUACAGCGUGAUAAGAGCGUGUAUGGUGACGAAAGCAACGAAUUCAUCCCCGAGCGCUGGCUGGGAGGAGUAAAAGACAGCGCCGCCAUCCCCCCGAGUGCAUGGCGUCCUUUCGAGCGAGGACCGCGCAACUGCAUUGGGCAGGAGCUUGCAAACAUUGAGGCGCUGGUCAUUCUCGCGUGUGCGGUACGCCGGUAUGAUUGGGACAAGGUAGGGCUUGGAGCCUUCAAAUGUGAUGAUACGGGUGCACCAAUUAUGAAAGCAAACGGGCAGUACGAUGUCCAUUCAGAGCUGUACAGUACAUUGGAGAUCACUGCGAAGCCCGUUGAUGGAACGAAGAUGCGUGUUAGGUUUGCCACGACGGUAUAA